AUGUCUUCUACCCUGCCGGGAAGACGACGCCGACCACAAGAACUGCUCCUUCCCAAUGGCAAGAAGAUAAUCGUAACGCUGCCUGAGGAUCUCGAGGACAUUCGCCGCAAAUACCAGAAUGACCGUGAUACCCAAGUGGAAGUAGUGGUUCACGGCUCCAUAGAGCACAGCCAAUACCUUCGCCAGUCCAGAGAUCACCACGAAGAGCGCCGGCAAUUGCUGCGAGAACAACACGGGCCUGCAUUUGAAGAAUGGGAAGACAUUCAGAACCAACUUUCCUCGGUGACUACAGAGCUGGAACGUCUGGAGAAUCAGGCAUCAGGACUAUAUGGCAACUUUAACAAGUUUGGCUACGAUGCUGCCGUGCGGACCUACAAUGACGAGGAGCCGCCCAUUGCUUCUUCGCACACAUCCAUCUCGGAGAAAUCCCGUGAGCAAGGGGGUGAGCGUCACGGAGAAACCACCAAGCUUUUUAAGCGACCUGUGAUUAGGCAAUGGUUUCAUCAAGGUUUGCUAUGGAGAGCGUCCGAGCAGACGGAAAUCAUGGCCAUUGAGCUCUUCUUGGAUCUUGUGUAUGUUGGCAUCAUUCAUUCCAAUGGUGAGCAUAUGGCAGAAGAAGCGACCGGAUACGAGCUACUCCGUUUCGUCAUCACAUUCGUCAUGACGUGGAGGAUAUGGACAAGCAUUACUCUUACACUCAGCUGGUUUGAGUCAGACGAUGUUGUCACCAGGCUGGAGAUUUUAUUCUGCAUCUCUUGUCUCAUUGGCUAUACUACAAAUAUGACCCAUAUCUUUGACGAAGACCCAGCACACAAUACUUAUGUACAACUUGUGUCUUUCUAUCUCGCCGCGCGAGUAUUUACUGCAAUAUUCUAUGGGAUGACCGCCUAUCUCCUACCCAUGAUCAAAGGCAUCAUGAUUUGCCAAAUAUUCGGCACUGCCAUCCCAACAGCUCUAUGGAUCGCCAGCAUCUACGUCGACAUGCCCGGUCGUCUGGGAUUCAUCGUUCCAGCACUGGUCCUCGACAUGUACGGACACGUCUUCUUCCUUGGACUAUUCCUAUAUAUCCAAGGAAAAGCCCCUGAGGGUAUAUGGAAGAAGCGUCUAAGCAGCAUGUUUGAGUUUUAUCCCGCUAUAAGCAUCGAACACCGAGUCGAAAGGAUGAACGCAUUCGUAUCCCUGGUUCUCGGGUAUUCGGUUGUUGCGAUUCUCUUCCAGAGCGACGGCGGCUAUAAUAUCAAUGCGUUUCUAGGGAAAGCCAUUCUGGGUCUGAUGCAAGCCUUUACUUUCAACUGGAUUUACUUUGAUAUUGACGCCAGCAACUUAAAUUUGCAUGCAAUUCGUCGUUCUCGGAUUUCCGCUGGAAUUUGGGAAUUUGCUCAUCUUAUGUUCGUAAUGGGCUAUAUUGUCGCCACAUCAGCUCUGUCAAGGCUCGUCUUGGCUACAGACGUGCCAGACACCAAUCCGGAACAGCUCGCAGAGCCUUACCGAGACAGCGCUGAAGAUCACUUCAACGCAGGCGUCCGUUUCUUUUACUGCCACGGCCUCGCCAUCGCUCUUCUUUCCAUGGGAGCUAUUUCCUUUUCCCAUGAGCAUAAAAAGCUCCCCAUGCUUCGGCUAUCCAAGAAUGUCAGGCUCGCAAAUCGCAUUGCUGUCUGCAUUGUUAUGUUCUUCUUGCCGCUGGCGCACUCACUUCGGUCUCUUAGUCUCAUUUCUGUCACACUGAGCUUGUCGAUAUGGGUACUCAUUGUGGAGCUAUGGGGGAAAUCGUGUACAGAUGACCCCUUUAUCGGCGAAAAGGAUGGCUGCUGUGUGACAUACUAUGCAAAAUGCAAGAAGAAGGAUCUCAAGAAGAUAACUUCUUCGCAUGAACGACGGCCAAGCGGUGAGAUAUUGGAAUUGGGAAGAGGGGAGAAGACGGCAAUUUAG